CUAAAAGUUUUACUCACUUGAAUCAGAUGGUAGCUGCCAGCAUGUCAUCGUCUGGGCUUCGACCUCAUCCUCAAUCACAAACUCCGGCAACAAAUCUGUAUAUGGAAUCUGUUUCCAGGACUUUGAAUGGGACUGCAGGUACAUGUCAAAGAAGCAGCAUUUCUGGAUACAGUUCUUUACAGCAAGAUAUUCAUCAAGGAAAUGAGUGCAUCCCAUAUCAAGAGAGAUCCAUCGCUGAAUCUUUUGAUGUGGUCAAUAAAGCCCUUUGUCAAAACUUUUCUCUGCCAACUCCAGAUAAGGCUAAACAUCUCGAAGCCAGGGGUUCAAAGAGACAGCAUGAUCGUGCGAUGGCACAUAUGCCAAACUCAGUAGCAUGUUGGCUCUUGCGCCAACAGAUUGCAUCACAAGAUGUGGAUAGACAGAACAGCAGCACGUGUGCGAAAUAUUUAAAUGCUGCAAAGAAAAUGAAAAUCCAGAAAGCAGUCCAAGAAAAUAUGCAUAGCGUGGCUCCUGAGGUAAUAGAUAUCGAGGAUGAUCCAACUGAUGGGGCAAGAAAAGAUAAAAGUGGUGUCCUAAAAGCUCCUGCAAGAAAGGUCCAAAGAGGGAGAAAGAAAGCAGUACCUCCACCAGCCCAUGCCUCAGAGAUUUCCUUCACCGAUGAUUUAAGUAUGAAACAUCGAAAGAGGCUGUUUCAGAUCAUUUCUUCUCAAAUAUGUUGAUGGACCAACAGUGUAUGUAUACUUACAUUUUUUUUUUAAGAUCUCCUUGAUUUUCUUAAGUGUUGACUGCCAUUAAUAUUUAAGUUCAUUAAUU